CGGAAAAGGAGUGGACUCGUCGCAAUGUGGAGAGGUCGAAAGCUGAGCUCCUGUGGAGUUCGUUUCUUAGAAACGCUUGGGUUUGGGUACCCGAGCACACUAGCCGAGCUUCCUCUUAGAACUUCGUGGUCCGGAUUUUUGAGCUCCCUGUAUUAACCGAGAAAAUAGGUCUUCGGGGCUGGAGAGAUGGCUCAGCGGUUAAGAGCAAUUCGAUUCUCAGCACCCAUUUGGCAACUAACAACCUUCAGUAACUCCAGUUCCAAGAGAUUCUACGCUCACUUCUGGCCUCUGCUGGCAUUGCAGGACUCGGGUGCUUUUACAUUUUACUCAGGGAAUCAGCUUGCUAGGAAUCUGCAGAUUAAACCAUGGGUUUUCAUUGAACACAGGACCAUGUGGUUCAGAGCCUAUAGGAUGACUUUUUCCUGUUUGACCAGAAUAAAAAGUUACAGGUCCUCCUGGAAAAGACUAUGUAGUACUUCACAAACAACUGUUGACAGCAAUGAGGUAAAAACUUUCCUGGCCCUAGCUCACAAGUGGUGGGAUGAACAAGGAGUAUUUGCACCUCUUCAUUCUAUGAAUGACCUCAGGGUGCCUUUUAUUAGAGACAAUCUUUUAAAAACAAGUGCUAAUCACCAACUAGGAAAGCCUUUGUCUGGGAUGAAGAUUCUUGAUGUUGGCUGUGGUGGUGGAUUAUUAACAGAACCUCUAGGGCGACUGGGGGCUUCAGUUAUUGGAAUUGAUCCUGUGGAUGAAAAUAUUAAGAUAGCACAGCACCAUAAAUCAUUUGAUCCAGGCCUGCGUAAGAGAAUAGAAUACAGAGCAUGUUCCCUAGAAGAGAUUGUGGAAGAGACUGCAGAAACUUUUGAUGCUGUUGUUGCUUCUGAAGUUGUAGAGCAUGUAAUCGACAUAGAAGCAUUCAUGCAGUGCUGCUAUCGAGUAUUAAAACCUAGUGGUUCUUUGUUCGUUACUACAAUCAACAAGACACAGCUGUCCUAUGCCUUGGGAAUUGUUUUUUCAGAGCAGAUUGCAGGUAUCGUUCCAAAAGGCACUCACACAUGGGAGAAGUUUGUUUCACCUGAAAAGCUAGAGAGUAUUCUAGAAUCAAAUGGUCUGUCAGUUCAAACUGUGGCAGGAAUGCUCUAUAACCCCUUCUCAGGUUACUGGCAUUGGAGUGAGAAUACCAGCCUUAACUAUGCAGCCCAUGCCAUCAGAUCCAAAGUACAGGAACAUCCAGAGCCUGCCGAGCUUUUUUCAAAGAGGGAGACAGAAGAACUCUCUGCUAAUGCCUCCACUAACCCCUGUGUAUGUGAAGAGUUGAAGAAAUGAGGUAUUUCUGAAAACUGUGGGAAUAUGCUCAGAAUCUGAUGUUUACAAACUCAAAAAAUACAGUUUCUCUUUUGAAAGAGAAUCAAUAAAAGUAGCUAAAUCUUCAAACAAAAGUUUCUAUGUCAUCUAAUAGCUGCUUUGAGGGAUUUUGUGGAUAUGGUUUUGUCAAAUUAUUUUAUGAUCUAGGAGUUUAAGUUCUUCAGCUUUUGUUAUGGAAAUAUGUUGUGCUUAUUUCACUUCCUUUUACAGAUUAUGUAUUUUAUUACACGUGUAUACAGAAAUGUAUGCUGUUGUUUAUUUUAACUCAAUAAGGAAUCUGUGUCAUCUAAUACUCCUCUUUUGUUUUUAGUUAAAAGAGGCAAUGCCAUGACUGAUAAAAGGCAACUGUAGUUUUAGAUCACUUAUUCUUGGGAAUAUAAAAUGUAUUUUAUCCUGUAACUUGUUCUUUGUCAGAAAUAAAUGGUUUGUUAAAAAUGUGUGAGAUUUGAACUCAGGCAUUAAAAAUAAGUUCAGAUUAUGUUGGACAUA